GACCUCUUUCCAUCAACAUAAGAUGCUAGAGCUCUAUCACUUCUCACUAGCUCUUGCUUUCUCGCUUUGCGCGAAAGCCUCUGCACCUCAUGGUCCGUGGGACGACUUCAACUAUGCGCCAUCCUCGCGAACUGUGUCCCCGACGGCGAUUCAUGGUACCAGUGGUGACGUCGACAAUGCGGAAGCACUUCUCUCUACGGACGCUGGCUCAGCAACUUUGAGCGGCGCCGGGGCCUGGGUAGCGAUUGACUUCGGCAAAGAGGUCGGAGGGGUUACAACUCUCAACAUCGACUCGGCAUCCGACGACAAUGCCUCCCUCGCCCUUACCUUUACCGAGUCUUCACUCUUCAUCAGCCCUACCCUAUCCGACGACUCCGUCUUCGCGGCCGCGAAUCUCUCCGUCGAUGGCGCGCAACCCAUCCCCGCCCCUCUCAGCGAGGGCCUCUGGACGCAACCCAUCUCCUGGCAGCGAGGUGGUUUCCGCUACCUCACAGUAACACUCGCCGAAGGGUCGACCGUAGCUCUGUCGAACAUCUCUGUCUACCUCACCUUCAGCCCGAACGUCGAUGACCUGCGCGACUAUAAGGGAUAUUUCUAUGCCAAGGAUCCGGGUGAAGAGGACGAGGACCUGCUAACGAAGAUUUGGUACGCCGGCGCGUACACGAUCCAGACCAACAUUCUGGCCGCGGACGAGGGUAGGGGCGAGGUUCCUCAAGGAACCACCGGAUGGAACAACAGCGGUACCAUCGCGAACGCAGGGCCCGUUAUUGUCGACGGCGCAAAGCGCGACCGUACCGUGUGGCCAGGCGACAUGGGCAUCGCCGGACCGUCGGCCUUCGUCGCGCUCAACCAGCUAGACCCCGUCCGCAACAGCCUCGACGAGCUCUUCUCGCUCCAGAGCACCACUGGCGGCCUCCCCUACAGCGGUCCUCUCAUUAGCGCUGGACCCGAACUCAGCGACACUUACCACGCCUGGUCCCUCAUCGGCGCCUACAACUACUGGCUGCACUCUGGUGACACGGAAUGGCUCGAGGGGAAGUGGGAGCAGUAUCUGGCGGGCGUGUCCUAUCUCGCGGACAAGGUUGACGUUGAUGUGGGCUUGAUUAAUGCUACGGGAGUCCUCGACUGGGGGCGCCUCGGCGGUGGCGGGUUCAGCAUCUCGCCGAACGUGCUGUACUACAAGGUCCUCCUCAACGGCGCUCAACUCUCAUCCGCCCUCGGCGACACCGAGACCGCCGAAGGCUGGCUCGCCGACGCCGCUACUCUCAAGGGCAUUAUCAAUGCGGUUCUCUGGGACGAAGACGCGGGCCUCUACAUCGACAAUACGACGACGACGCUCCACCCCGAGGACGGCAACUCGCUCGCGGUGUGGUUCAACGUCACCGUGUCGGACGAGCAGAAGGCGCGCAUCAGCGAGGGUCUGGAGCAAUUUUGGACGGAUGUGGGCGCGGUGACGCCGGAGCUGCCGGAUACGGCGGCGCCGUUUGUGGGUGGGAUGGAGCUGAACGCGCACUUCGAGGCUGGCGCUGCCGAACGCGCGCUCGACCUUAUUCGUCUGGAGUGGGGCUGGAUGCUGACGACGAACGUGAGCGUCCAGUCGACGUUGCUGGAGGGAUACACUUCGAAUGGCUCGCUUCUAUACCGCGGCGACGCCGGCUACCAGCAAGACCCCACCUACACCUCCCACUCGCAUGGCUGGAGCACCGGGCCAACGCCUGCGCUCACCACCUACAUCCUCGGCCUCUCUGUCACCGAACCAGCCGGUCAGGCCUUCCGCGUGGCGCCGCAGACCGGUGGUCUACCCGCCGCGGAGGGCGGGUUUGAGACGCCACUUGGCUGGUUCGGCGUGAGCUGGACGAACGACGAACACGUAGGACGCUUCGAGCUGAACGUCACGUCGCCGGAGGGGACGGUGGGCACUGUCGCUCUGCCGGUCGAUGGCGAGAUCACGGUGGACGGCGAGGCUGUUGAUGCGGAAGGGGGUAUUCAAGUGCAGGGCGGUGUGACCCAUACUGUAUUUGUUCAGGCCUCAUGAAGCAAGUUUUUGUGUACACGACUCGGAUGUAUGUACUAUAUGUAUGAUUAGCCGCGGCCUUCCAAAUCCAGUCCUUCGAGUCA